CUCAUAUCUCUCGGAUUAAUUAGCCACUUUAAUUAGCUCUCACUCUCAAAGCUCAAACAAAAGUACAAAAUUUGUAACAGCAAAAUGACAUUGUGCGUUUAUUCUUUAAUUCGUAUUUAAUAUUCACUUUCAGUAAACAACGCACUCUUUCUUUUGUUAGAGGACUCAAUUUCUACCAACCGGAUGCUAUAAGUAUGCUACAAAACUGUAAAUCGAAGAUGGUUGGGUGCAGCAUAGCGAACAGGUCUUAAGUCUUUGGCAUUUUCAGGCUAAAUUUAACUAUCCAGCCACCAGUGCACAAGAAACAAGAGUCGCUCAACGACGAUAGCAACAUGAACAAAUGGCUCAUUUCGUACACAAUCUUAGUGUCUUUGUGUUCUUGUAGACAACUCCCGUACAAUUUCAAAAGAUGUGACGUCACGAAACCCACCUUCAACGACUGCCUCACCAGGGCCAUUCCUGAAGCCAUCAGACUGCUCAAAACACCCAUGAGAAAACUAGGUUUACCCAGCAUGCACCCAUUGGUGAUCCCCGCGAUGUCCAUCUCCUCCGGUCCUGGCGUCACUGGGUUCGAGCAAAACUACACCGAAUUUAAAACCUGGGGGUUCACGUCGAUGGGUUGUUCCCAAGUUAAGUUGGAUUUGGAGGGAAAAAAUAUGACUAUGAGGUGCUUUACACCCCAGUUGAGGAUCGAGACAGAGUACACUUUUAAUGGGUCGAUGAGUGUGAUGCCCAUUUAUGGCAACGGGAGUGGGACGGUGAUUUUGGAUAAGGUAAGGUGUUUUCAUACCUAUGAGUUUGAAGAGUAUUUGAAGAAAGGGAGGAGGCAUUUUAAGGUGGUGAAUAGUUCGCUGGAUGUAAAUCCGGGACAUGUUAUGUAUCAUUUUGAUAAUUUGUUUGAUGGCGAUCAAUUUUUGGGGGAUCAUAUUAAUUUGGUUAUGAAUGAUAACUGGAGGGAGGUUUAUGAGGGUAUAAAGCCUUUGUAUGAGGAGGGUUUUACGAAAGUGUUUCAGGCGAUUUUUAAUCGUUUGUUGGAGAGGGUGGCCGUAGAUGAUAUUUUUAUCAAUAGUUGAGAAAUUUGUUUAUAUAGUUACA